AUGGAGGGAUCGGCGACGGAGGGAAAUCACGGAGGCGAUCCCCGCGCCGAGCAUGCCGCAACGAAGGAGUCCGAGGCGGCGGCAACGCAACACCAUUUGACGCUGCUCCAGCCGACCGUGGUCGAAGUUUCUCCAGCCGUGCUGGAUAAGGACAAGGUGGGGGAGCACGAGUCGGUGGGGCUGGUCGGUGGCUCUCCACCUUCUGGUGGACGGGGGAGGCGUAGGCAGAGGAAGAGCGAUGGGGAGGACGAUUAUGACACCGCCGUGCCCGGGGACCUCAUUACGCGGGCGAAGAGGCGGCAGACGAUAGGUAGUGCUGACGACGCCGGAGGUGCGGCAGUUGGGACACCGCGAGGCGCCAAGGAAGCUAAUGGCAAGGCGGGCGGUCAAGCAUUGCGCCAAAAGGGCCGACCCGCAGCAAGAAAAGCAUCCGGCGGAAGGAGAGGCAAGAAAGCAGCGACGGGAACAAAGCCGAAACGGGGCGAUGAAUACCCCGGUGAUGCGGAGGAGGAGGAGGAGGAUGAGGAGGAGGAUGCGGAGGGAGAGGAGGAUGAAGAGGAAGCGGAGGAGGAUGACGCGGAUGUUAGGGAGGAUGAAAAAGAUGAGAAUGAUGGCGGGGAGGACGAAGAGGAGGAGGAGGAGGAGGAGGAGGAGGAGGAGGAGGAGGAGGAGGAGGAGGAGGCAGAGGAGGAGGAGGAGGAGGAGGAGGAGGAGGAGGAGGAGGAGGAGGAGGAGGAGGAGGAGGAGCAGGGUGACGACGAGGACGAGGAUGUGGAGGAGGAGGAGGAGGAGGAGGCAGCAGAGGAGGAGGAGGAGGAGGAUGUGGCGCCAAUCUAG